AUGGAGGGCCCAAGCGGGGCCGAGGCGCCGCCGCAGCCGCCGGAGGCGCCGCCCGUGACCCUGGUGAUUAAGGCGCCCAAUCAGCGCUAUGGAGACCAGACCAUCAGCUGCCCGGCGCAUUGGACCGUGGGCCGCCUCAAGGCGCACUUGGCCGACGUGUACCCUGGCAAGCCCCCCACAAAGGAUCAAAGAUUGGUGUACUCUGGCAGACUGCUCCCUGACCAUCUGCAGCUGAAAGAUAUUCUCAGAAAACAAGAUGAAUAUCAUAUGGUCCAUCUAGUGUGUGCUUCUCGAACUCCUCCCAGUUCCCCACAGCCCAGCAGCCGGAGAGGCAGUGAGGAAGCAUUGAACUCCUUCAGCAGUUAUGCGAGUGAUAGUUCAGGUAACUCGGGAUCAUCGACGCCAUCUUCAAGUCAGGAGACUUUGGGGAGCUCGGCCAGUUCCGGCUCGGAAGGACUGAGGCAUCGGAAUUCACCGCAAGCACCAGCCAAUCCCCCACAAAGCCUUCAGUUCCCGUAUGUGGUACAAGGAAAUGUUGGGAAUCAGUUUCCCGGGCAAGCUCUUCCAGCUGCAUUCCCCCUCUACCCUGCCUUCACCCCGCUGCAGAUGCUCUGGUGGCAGCAGAUGUACGCCCAUCAGUAUUACAUGCAAUACCAAGCUGCUGUCUCGGCCCAGGCGAUGUCCGGCACCCACCCGGCCGACCCCGCCGACCCGGCCGCCACCCCCGCUGCCGCUGCCACCGAGGCUCCCCACCCGGCUGACACCCCCGCCCAGGAGCCACCUCCCGCUGGGGGGGCCCAGGACAACAGGGCCCCGAACCCGAACGCGCAGGGAGGGCCUGCGGCCAACGAGGAGGACUUGAAUCGGGACUGGCUGGACUGGAUGUACACGUUUUCUCGGGCCAUCAUCCUCCUCAGUAUUGUGUACUUCUACUCCUCCUUCAGCCGCUUUGUCAUGGUGAUGGGAGCCAUGCUGCUGGUCUACCUACACCAGGCUGGCUGGCUUCCCUUUCGACAAGAAGGAGGGCAGCUGCCGGCCCCCAAUAAUGGUGACGGGAACCCCGAGGGGCAGAACGGAAACAAUGCAGACCUUGAAGACAUGGAGCAGCUGAUGGACGAUGGGCUUGACGAUGAGAGCGAAGACGAAGCCGGGGAGGAUGCCAGUGCGGGGCCCCAGCCCGGGCUCAUGGCUUCGGCCUGGUCCUUUAUCACCACCUUCUUUACUUCCCUCAUCCCCGAAGGGCCUCCCCAGGUGGCCAAUUAGGCCCGAGCGCCUGUGCCGGCCGACCAAGAGCUGUCCCGAGAAGUGGGUUGGACUGGAGGCAAGUGUUUUAAAUAAGAGUGCAACUUCAAACAAAUGUAUAACUUUCUUUGGAUCAUGUUGUAAACGGUGUUUUUUUUCAGCUUCUCACGCCCAUGCCUGGAGCGCGCCAGCCCGCGUGCUUUUUAGACGUCCUCUAAGGAGGGCACAGUGUGACCCUGUUGGUCUUCCAUGUUUUAUUCCUUUCAAUUAUGGAUGUUCCCCCGAGAAACGAUGGUGGUUAGUGCGCACUGUUCCUUUAAAGAGCUGUUUGGAGUCGAGCUGGAGCCCGCAGCGCCGGCCCCGGGAGAAGGCUGCCCCCAAACGGGACAAAGACGAUUUUUAUAUUUAGGGUUUUUCCAAAGAACGCCCAUCGCACAGAGCGGCUAGCGCUCGCUUUUCUUCUGCAACACAGCAAUAAGCCCUCUUAAUGCUUAAUGUCGGGAGCGGAAAGUUUUUUAAACAAGUUUUCUGAUGCCAGAAUCCAUACGGAAAUUUCUUUUGUAGCUGGACCCCCUUAAUUGGAACUAACCCUUUUCAAACAGAUAAACAAGCAGCUCUUCAAGGGAAUUCACAGUGACGUUUGAUUCAUUCCAAAUGUUUGAUAAUUAAGUCCUUUUUAUAAAAUGAGAUGUCCUGAGCUCAAUCCCUGUAAUUAGGUUUUUUAAUAAAAGGUCAAUGAGA